AGCUCAGUACAAUUUUACACUCUAAGCAGAACGCACACGUAUAAAAACUCUCUACUAUUUAUUUGAAAUUCUCGGAUUUUUCUCGGUCUUUUUGGUGAAAGUAAGCCAAGGCCAUAGGUAGAAACGAAACAUGUCCAAAACGGAAAUGAACAAUCAAGCGCCUUCUCCGAAUCUUCGGACUCCGCUCUGGCGCCCCGUGGUUCUACACUAUCCGAAGAAGCUGCUCCCGCACGGACAGAUGCGUCGUCGCGACCUAGCCUUUGGCUACCCGACCGACUACGAGUCAACCAAGCUGCGCUGCGGUCUGGCGCAGCCCCAUGGCAUCGACCAUGUCCGCCCGGGCCAGUAUUGCCCGGAGUGCCAGUGCCACAAGGACAGGAACCAUGGUGGGGGGGACAUGGCCGAUAAUGUGUCCCAGUGCUCGCGUAUGUCCAGGGCUUCAAAGCGCUCCGUCCGUUCCAUAAAAUCCAAGCGCGACAACGGCAACGGCGACGGGGACGGCGAUAAUGAUUCUCCCCUCAGCCAACGUAGCGAUAUCUCUGUGAAGACCUUGAUAUCCAAGGCCACAUUGAAGAGUGGCCACAGCAAGAGAUCACCGUCCCAGGAGACCGUCAAGUCAAAUGCCACAGUCAAGUCAAGCGCCACAGUCAAGACAAGUGCUUCAACCAAGUCCAACGUCUCGGUCAAGUCCAAUGCGACAGUCAAGUCAAGCACUACUGCAAAGUCGAGUGCCAUUGACGUCAAGUACAAGAAAAGCUCCGUCCGGGCCAAAGCCAGUCGUCACUCCCAAAACGAGAUAAUGCCAGACCCAGGUGCCAAUCAGCACAAGAAGGAGACACAGACACAGGCACAGGCUGGAUACGAGAACUACGCUCCCAUGACGAGCACGGAGCGCAAGGCUGCCCUCGAGGAGGCCCGCUUCAAGUACGACAAGCUGAUCGCGGAGUACAACCACCUGCCCGUGUCGGUGCCCACGCUGCGCGUGCGCAACCGCAAGAUCGACAUUGAGCGGGAGCUGGACGAGCUGGACUACAGCAUCAAUAUGUUCGACCAGCCGAACAUCAACGUCUACUAUCGUCGUUAACUUUGAUAUUGACGUUGACGUUGACGUUUCUAGUUUCUUUUUCUUUAUAGUUGUAUUCAAAAUUUAAUUAUUCUCCAAGAAGCACACAAAUUUAGUUCAAAUAACACAAUGACUUCAAAACACACACACACACACACUCACACAGAACAUAGAAGAUGACACAAAGAGGAAUAAGGUUGCAUACACUGAAACGAAGCUAACAAAACAGAAAAAGAACACCAGCUGAAACACCGAGAACAAAUGCCUCACAAGAAGAUAUGAAACGAUUCACUACACUGAAAAUAAAUGGCAUUUACAACAGCAGAAACCAGUGACCAUUAAU